AUGCCUAAAUAUAUACUAAUAAGUAUCUUUAACGUUGUUGUAGUAUUAGCUAAGUUAAUAAAGAAAAUAGUAGGCUUCUUUAAUUCUCCUAUAUUAUUAUACUUUCUUAUUUCCUUAUUCUUAAGGGCUCUAGAGUACUAUCCUAAGUUAUUAAUUAUAUAUUAUAAGCGUUUAAAGAUAAGUAGUAGGGAUAUAAAAGCUUUAAAGCUUAGGAAAUACUUUAUAAGGGAAAAAGGUAUACUAAGUAACCUUUAUCUUAGUGCCUUUUACUAUUCUAAUAAACUUAGUAAAAGAAAAUCUUAG